UGGCGCUACCUGAACGACUAGGACCAGGGGGUUGACUCGGUGCUUGGUGGCAUCGAUUUGCGAGCAAGUGUGGGGUGUUCGAUCGGGCGAGGGACCUUGGCCCAGUAUCGCUUGCCAUCAUCAUCAUCAUCAUCAACCUGCAGCUUUGGUGUAUCUCAUUUUCCUGCUUGCACACGUCAGACGAUUUCGCACAUUUUGACCAAAGCUGGUCUUGUUCUUCUCGAGAGCGGGAGACUGUGCUCUCCGUUGUUUUGUUCUUUUUUUUUUCCUUCGGUCGACCUUUCAGCGGCGUGCGGACCGCGCUCAGAGCUCCUGCCAAACGCGUCCAUCCAAGCGCCCUCUCUACCCCUGCUCGAAACCUUGGCUGACUGCGCAGUGUGCCGUGGCCGACCCGCUUUCUGGCUGAGCGGGUCCCCCUCCCUCCGCACCACCAGACGGGGAGGAGCCCAAGGACCCCAAACUCGUUUACCUUGACCUUGCUUGCGACACAUCCAACGCAAACCAUCAGAACACGCAACCCGCGAGCGUCGUCCUUCCGUUGUUUCCAGCAGCAGCCAUGGAGCAAUGGCAGGCGUACAACGACCCUGCCGGCGCCGGCGGCCCGCGACGAUACAAUGGAAGCACUGGCAAUCAGAUGUCACCCCGAGACUUUGGUAGCAGCGGCCAGAACCCGGCGCAACAACCCCCGGCGGGCUUCAAGUACGAUAACUACCAAGGCGGCCUAAACCCGCACCAGACGACAUCGUCAGCAGCAUCGCCCAUGUCGAGCCCUCAUCUGCGCGACGGUAACGGCGACGUCCCGAUGCAGGACUCGCACGAUUCCUACGGCAGCCUGAGCACCAGCGCCAAGUACCCCAUGCGGCCCCAUCAUCAACACCAUCUCUCGAGCGGCCGCACCGCCAACCUUCAGCAAGAGCCCUCCGCUGCCGCACAGCGAUACUCGCCCAUGGAGGUCAUGUCCCCAACGUCACCUUACGGCCCCAAGACGGCCAGCUCCGGCCAGUUUUCGCAGCAGCCCGCGCAGAGACAAUCGCCCACCCGCUCCUCGGACUAUGCCCCGCAGCAGAGCCCGUACUACGGCAGCCGCCAGGCAGCUCCUCAACUACCACCCAUCAACCAAUACGCCAAUAACCAGGAAACAUACUCGCCGUCGGCCAUGACUCCCAUGGAUGGCUCAUAUGCGGACCCAAAGUCGCCCAAACGAGCCCCGCCGCAGUCGGCCACGCAUGACAGGGGGCCGGUGCCCGAGUUCAGGCGCAUCCGGGCGCCGACCGACCUGAAACCCAAGGUCAACGACCAACCGCCGUUCCGACGAGCGAAUCCCGAAGGCGGCUUCAUCAGCCCCCUGCAAGCGCUUACCGUGCAACUCCCCGCCACUUACCGGAUCUGUAACCCCGCGUUCAAGUACGAGUCGUCGCGCAAUCCACGCCGCGUCCUGACGAAGCCGAGCAAGGGAGUGAAGAACGAUGGCUACGAUAACGAAGACAGCGAUUACAUCCUAUACGUCAACGACAUCCUUGGUUCGGAGGAAGCUGGACACAAGAACCGGUAUCUGAUCCUGGACGUUCUUGGCCAGGGUACCUUCGGCCAAGUCGUGAAGUGCCAAAACAUGAAGACGCAGGAGGUCGUCGCCGUCAAGGUCAUCAAGAACCGCACGGCAUAUUUCAACCAGAGUAUGAUGGAGGUGUCUGUUCUUGAUCUGCUUAACACCAAAUUAGAUAAGAACGACGACCACCAUCUGCUGCGGCUCAAGGAUACAUUCAUUCACAGACAGCAUCUGUGCUUGGUGUUUGAGCUGCUCAGCGUGAAUCUGUACGAGCUGAUCAAGCAGAACCAGUUCCGGGGUCUCAGCACAACCCUUGUCCGCGUCUUUGCUCAGCAGCUCCUCAAUGGAUUGGCCUUGCUGAACAAGGCAAGGCUGAUUCAUUGCGAUCUCAAGCCGGAGAACAUCCUCCUAAAGAACCUCGAAAGCCCGAUCAUCAAGAUCAUCGAUUUCGGGUCCGCAUGCGAUGAACGGCAGACGGUCUAUACAUAUAUCCAGUCUAGAUUCUACCGGUCGCCUGAGGUUCUUCUCGGCUUGCCGUACUCUUCAGCCAUCGAUAUGUGGUCGCUGGGUUGCAUCGUCGUCGAGCUGUUCCUCGGCCUGCCCCUCUUCCCGGGUUCAUCCGAGUACAACCAGGUCUCCAGGAUCGUCGAGAUGCUCGGAAACCCUCCAAAUUGGAUGAUUGAGAUGGGCAAGCAGGCCGGAGAGUUUUUCGAGAAGAGGCAGGACGAGUUCGGCCGGCGGACUUACCACCUGAAGAGCAUGGAGCAGUACUCGCGCGAACACGGCGUGAAAGAGCAGCCUAGCAAGAAGUACUUCCAGGCGAACACGCUACCCGAAAUCAUCAAGUCGUACCCGAUGCCGCGGAAGAACAUGAAACCGUCGGAAAUUGAGAGGGAGAUGAAUAACCGCAUCGCCUUUAUCGAUUUCGUCAGGGGCUUGUUGACCAUCAAUCCGCUUGAGAGAUGGUCCCCGCAGCAGGCAAAAUUGCACCCUUUCAUCACUCAACAAAAGUUCACAGGCCAGUUCGUGCCACCCAUGAACCUCAAAUCGAGCGCUUUGAACCGGUCGCCGGCUCCUGGCACACAACAGCAGCUACAGGCCGAAGCCCUGAGCAAGCAGAGGGCGCAGGCUGCUCAGGCUCAAGCCCAGGCAAGCACGGCGGCCAAAGGGGCCUAUGGGUCGAUGGGUCCGGUACAAUACCAGCAACAAGGCCACGCACAGCAACAACCACUCUAUGGAAGCAACAACAUGUACACCCCGACAAACACGCACCCCGGAGCGCCGCCACCAUACAGCGGCCAGCAGGGCGGAUACGGCCAGAUGGGUAUGGGACAGACGGGGGUGCAAAUGCCGCCAGCCAACUACACCCAGUCCAAUAUGUACGCCCAGCAGAACCGACCCAGGCAGCGUGCCUCAACAAUGGAACAGCAGAGCGGCAUCCCCGCCUCGAUUCAAAGGGUCGCCAGUCAUCUGGAUCCCAACCAGCCCAUUCGACUUCAACCAAGCCCUGCUUAUUACCCUCCGCCUCCAGAAGGACUCGCCGGCAUGGACCACCAAACUUCAAAUAGGCAGCCCAGGAGAGGAAGCCGAGCACAGCAAACGGGUCGUGGCAACCGCGACUUUAUCCGGAACCUGGAGGAGAGGACGCUGGAGGAAGGGUUCAUGGGCAGCGGUCAGAGCCCGUGGCAUUGAGAUUGCUCCGGGCGAGCAGGGCGGCAAAACUUUUUAUGUUACUUGGAUAUUGCUUAAGGCGAGGACUUGAGAGUGGGAAGCCGGGGCAUGACGUUAUGGGAUUCCCACU